GGUCCUCGGCUCCUGGACUCGGUCGUGCCUCGACAGCGAACAUGUCUCAGCCUGUCAGAAAUAGGAAGGUCGUUGAUUACUCACAGUUUCAGGAAUCAGAUGAUGCAGAUGAAGACUAUGGAAGAGAUUCAGACCCUCCUGCUAAGAAAAUUCGGUCAUCUCCUCGAGAAGCUAAAAAUAAGAGGCGAUCUGGAAAGAAUUCACAAGAAGACAGUGAAGACUCAGAAGAAAAAGAUCUAAAGAAAAAGGAUGAUUCUCACUCAGCAGAUGACAGUGAAGACGAAAAAGAUGAUCAUAAUAAUGUAUGUCAGCAACGACAGGCAGCAUCUAAAGUAGCUUCUAAACAGAGAGAGAUCCCCUUAGAAGAUGUUGGCAGUGAGGAAGAGCCAGAAGAAGAUGAUGAGUCACCAUUCCAAGAGAAAGAUUCUGGCAGCGAUGAAGAUUUCCUAAUGGAAGACGAUGAUGAUAGUGAUUAUGGCAGUUCAAAAAAGAAAAACAAAAAGAUUGUUAAGAAGUCCAAACCUGAGAGAAAAGAAAAGAAAAUGCCCAAACCCAGACUAAAGGCUACAGUGACGCCAAGUCCAGUGAAAGGCAAAGGAAAAGUGGGUCGUCUUACAGCUUCAAAGGCAUCUAAGGAAAAAGCUCCUUCUCCCAAAGAAGAGGAUGAGGAAGCAGAAAGCCCUCCAGAAAAGAAGACCUCUGCAAGCCCCCCACUGGAGAAGUCUGGAGAUGAAGGGUCUGAAGAUGAAGCUCCAUCUGGGGAAGAUUAAAAGUGAUGUGUGGGGAGAGAUUUUAUUAAAAAACAAAA